GGAAAAGACAUCUCCGGGCUGAGGCGCAUGGGCGUGUGACGUUGUACGUAGCGCGCUGGCCGGGUAUAAAAGACAGCGCACUGUGAAGAUAAGACAUAGACGGUACUUGUAUUUGGAAGGAAUUGUGUACCUGUGGUUGAAGUGCUGAAGUCUUGAGUGAAGCAACAUGGCCCGUACCAAGCAAACUGCCCGUAAAUCAACUGGUGGAAAGGCUCCUCGCAAGCAGUUGGCCACCAAGGCAGCUCGUAAGAGUGCCCCAUCUACUGGUGGUGUAAAGAAGCCACAUCGUUAUAGGCCAGGAACUGUAGCUCUUCGUGAGAUCCGUAGGUACCAGAAAUCCACAGAACUCCUAAUCCGUAAACUGCCUUUCCAGCGUCUAGUGAGGGAAAUUGCCCAGGACUUCAAAACUGACUUGAGGUUCCAGAGUGCAGCCAUUGGUGCUUUACAGGAGGCUAGCGAAGCUUACUUGGUUGGUUUGUUUGAGGAUACAAAUCUCUGUGCCAUCCAUGCUAAGAGAGUGACCAUCAUGCCCAAGGAUAUCCAGCUUGCCCGCAGAAUACGGGGAGAACGAGCAUAGUGCACUCUUGACAUAUGGCAUUCUUGUAGUAAAUUCUGUAUUCUACUUCUUGUGAAAUGUUUUUGUAUGACUGGUUUAUUAUGUCUCCAGAACCAUUCCAUCUGUCACUCAGGGUAAAUCCAUAUUUUGUUAGAUGCCCCCUAUUACUCUGAAGAGUAGAGAUGACAGGGGGUAGGUGCUCCUAGCUUGUUGUGCAUGGUUUUUUUGUUUUUUUUUGUUUAAUUGCCCUUAUUUCUCAGCUUGUGACUCUUUAGAAAAACAUGGCAAAACUAUAGGGCUGGGAACAAAUGGUGCUAAGGUCCAGCCCUUAGACUACCAUCUUUCUUUUCAGAAAUGGCCUUACAGGAGCACCAAAAAAAGUGGCUUUUUUUUUUUUUUUUUAUCGUACAGUUAAGAGGGUAAGUGUUCUCCAUCCCCACAGCUCCUGUUGUAAACUGCCUGUCUUAAUCGUGGACUGUUAGCAUGACAUCACAGCACAAAACACUUCACCAGCUGUAUGGCCACGUCUUGUCCUUAGAUUGUUGGCUUGAUCACACAACCUUUUAUAAGUCACGUAAACGAAACUUAUGUUUAAAAAAAAAAAAAAAAAACCC